AUGAAUCUUAAAUUAUGGGCUAUCAUAAGCGCUAUUGCCCUUCUGGGAAUAGGCACCACUGUUCUACUUUAAAAAUCACAUAAAAAACACAUCGCUACAAUUGAAGACUUUAAGGUUUGCGUUAUGAAAAAUCUCUUUGACUGUAAUUAACUCAAGGAUGAGACUGAAAAAAAGAAUUGUUAAUCUGCUGAUUCUUACCUUUCUGGUUUAAAUUCCACAGCUUGCUCUAACUUUUCAACAUUCAUGCAAUAAUCUUCAUAAGAUGAUGAAUUGAAUUUCAACUCUUACUUCCAAUAAUGCUUCUUAGACUAAUCAGUCAGCUAAAAAGUUGCUACUUUAAGUAGCUUCUACUUCAACAAGAUCUAUAUUCCUGUCUAUAAAAAAUGUCUUGGAUUUUGA